ACAGUGGAUGGAAACUGGGGAGAAUGGUCGGAUUUUAGCGACUGUUCUACAACAUGUGAUGGAGGAACACAAAACAGAACAAGACUAUGUGAUAAUCCAGAACCGAGUAAUGACGGUGCUACCUGCCCCCCUCCUGGUAGCGAAACUAGUUCAUGUAAUCCGGUCUCAUUUGAUGGCGAUUGGGGAAACUGGGGAGAAUUUUCCAAUUGUACAAAAACCUGUGGUAAUGGUACCAGGACUCGACAACGACUUUGUGAUAAUCCAAGUCCUGCACAUGGUGGUGCGACUUGUCUCGGCAAUCAAACUGAA